CUUCUGCUAAUUAAUGAUUAGAAAACCCAAUGUCUUGCAAUGAACAAAGAAAGGCAAGCUAUAUAAAGCAAGCAUUAGCUUGAAGUUUCAAAUCGUCCCAUUUCAAUCCCAGAAAAGAAGCUUUCCUGAUAUUGGGACUGAAAUGGCGAAGUUUCAGUCUUUUUCUAUAGCAUUGUUGGUGUGUGUGAUUGUGUCUAAUCACAUUGUAGUUGAUGCCAAUAUUUCAAAGAACAUGGCCAUAACCUGGGGAAAUAGUCGGUCCAAAAUAGAAGGGGAUAGCCUUCAGCUGGUUUUGGACCAAAGCACAGGCUCGGGAGCGAAGUCGAAGAGAGAUUUCUUAUUUGGAAGCUUUGAAGCUCUCAUCAAGCUCGUUCCAGGGGAUUCUGCAGGAGUAGUAACAGCGUAUUAUCUAUCUUCUACAGGUUCAGCUCAUGAUGAGAUAGACUAUGAGUUCUUGGGGAAUGUUUCAGGACAGCCUUACACCAUUCAUACAAACAUAUUCACUCAGGGUGUUGGAAACAGAGAACAGCAGUUUCGAUUGUGGUUUGACCCCACCACCGAUUUCCACAACUACACAAUUCACUGGAAUCCUAAUGCUGUUGUGUGGUAUAUUGAUGGUAUCCCAAUAAGAGUUUUCCGGAACUACGAAAAGCAAAGGAUAGGUUUCCCUAACAAGCAAGGUAUGAGGGUAUAUACCAGCUUGUGGAAUGCAGAUGAUUGGGCAACUCAAGGAGGCCGCGUGAAAACCAAUUGGGCCAACGCACCAUUCACGGCUAGCUUUCGCCACUUUAGGCCAAGAGCUUGUUACUGGAAUGGAGUAGCCAGCAUUAGUCAAUGUGCCGCUAAGUCCCCAGCAAACUGGUGGACUUCUCCAGCUUAUGCACAGCUCAGUGCUCCUCAGUUGGCUAAGCUUAAUGAAAUCCAGCAGAACUACAUGAUAUAUGAUUACUGCAAAGACACUAAACGGUUCAAUGGGCAAAUGCCACCAGAAUGUUAUAGAAGACAGUUCUAACACAAUGUUGCGUAACAGCUAAUGCAGUGUUCAGAACAGCAAUACUACCAACAAUAACAAUAUGGCACUCGGCUGUGUUUCAAAAAUGUUCAUUUUUCUUCUUUCAGAGAUCAGUUCUCCUUUUCUUGCUUGGUUCCUUUAUGUGGGAUCAUAGCUUUCUGAUUGUUUUGAUAUACGUGUUUACCAUGUUCCAAAAUGAUUGACAUGUUUCAUAUAAAACUUGCUUUCCUGUUGCU